CAAAGAAUCGAGCGAGACAGUCAAACAAACGCUGAUCAGCUGUCACAUCGACGAGACGAUCCUGCGAUCGAGGGGAAAGCAUCGAGCGCUGAAUGAACCGGGAUUAGAAAGAUCUGUCUCUAUGUUCGCGGCGGCCCCCUCCAGUCCCACCAGUGUCUCAGCGCCAGCUCUGGUCCAGUUCCAGCUCGGCCUGUUCAGGGAGGUGGUUCGAGUCCCAGCGGGCAACCUGAGCUACCGCCAUGCCAAGAGGCUGGCUGCUGAGAUCAUAGAGCACAAGGCUCCAGAUGUCAGUGUGGUCGGCGUCGGUGAAAAGAUUCUGCUGUUCAGACAUCAGCCGGCCUCGGAGCUGCUGCUGCAGCGUCUGACACAGGAGGACCAGCUGCAGGAUGGAGACCUCAUCGAGGUCGUCAUCGCAGUAUCAGCCUCAGUGACAGAGAUGAGGGUCCGUCCUCACUCCCUGGUGGUCUACUCGUACAGGACUCCCACCUUCUGUCACCACUGUGGAGAGAUGCUGUGGGGUCUCGUCCGACAGGGUUUAAAAUGUGACGGUUGUGGGUUAGAUUUUCACAAACGCUGCGCUUUCCAGUUACCCAACGACUGCAGCCGAGCCCGUCGCCAGGUCAGCACCAGCCUGUCGCUGUUCCCCCCCCGACGACCCCGCACACACUCGCUGUCCAACCCGGCGGGAGGCAGCCUGGAGGAGAUCAGCAUGUCCAAGCCCUCCUCCAGACCCCCGUCCUGGGCGGAGCCUCCGGUGUGGCUGGGGAUCGGUAACGGAGAGAAGAGCAGGCCUCAGGUCCCUCACACCUUCCACAUCCACAGCUACACCAAACCCACCGUGUGCCAGCACUGCCACCGGCUGCUCAAAGGCCUCUUCAGGCAGGGGCUGCAGUGUUCAGAUUGCAGGUUUAACUGCCAUCGGCGCUGCGAGCCGCACGUCCCCAGAGACUGCCCGGGAGAGAAGAGAGGCAUGAACGGGGAAGCGGCGGGUCGCAGCGUCCCAGCAGACCCCAAAGACCCCGAGGACCCCGGGGACACCGAGUCAAUGCUCAGCAGCACGACCACACUACAGCUCUCUGACGACGACGACGACAUGUGCACCGACGGAGACUCGACCGCCGAGGACAAAGAAGACGAGGAACCACGAGAGCCCAUGAGUCCGUGCUUCAGCAGCUACAUCCCUCUGAUGCGGCUCGUGCAGUCGGUGCAUCACACUAAGAGGAGAGCGGGUGGAGUCCUGAGGGAGGGGUGGCUGCUGCACCACACCAACACUGACACACUGAGGAAACGUCAUUACUGGAUCCUGGACUGGAAGAGCAUCACGCUGUACCAGAACGAGAGCAGCACCAAGUACUACAAGGAGAUCGCUCUGUCCGAAGUGCUGCAGGUCCGAGGCCCCGCCCAACUCUCCGUCCCCUUGCUGCCGGGCCACAGCGCCCACUCCUUCGAGGUGGUGACGGACCUGCUGGUGUACUGCGUGGAGGCCGGGGAGAGCGGCUCGGCCUGGGCCGGCGCCAUCCGUCAGGCUCUGAUGCCCGUGCAGAGCAGCGGGGGAAACAAUGCGCAAGAGGAGGAGCAAGAUGAGGAUUCUCACCGAGACAUUGUGGACAUCGGCUCGGUGUAUCAGAUCUUCACAGACGAGGUGCUGGGUUCAGGACAGUUUGGAGUCGUGUACAAAGGUACUCACAGGAAGUCUGGCCGUCCGGUCGCCAUCAAAGUCAUCGACAAGACUCGUUUCCCCACCAAACAAGAGAGACAGCUGAAGAACGAAGUGUGCAUCCUGGAGAACCUGUCCCACCUGGGUGUGGUCCUGCUGGAGGGAAUGUUUGAGACGGUGGAGCACGUCUUCGUCGUCAUGGAGAAGCUCCACGGAGACAUGCUGGAGAUGAUUCUGUCCAGCGAGAAAGGCCGACUCCCUGAACGCAUCACGCGCUUCCUGGUCACACAGAUCCUCGAGGCUCUGCGGUAUCUGCACGUCAAACACAUCGCUCACUGUGAUCUCAAACCUGAGAACGUCCUGCUGGCGUCGGCGGACCCUCUCCCUCAGGUGAAGCUGUGCGACUUCGGCUUUGCCCGCAUCAUCGGAGAGAAGUCUUUCCGGCGCUCUGUCGUGGGCACGCCCGCCUACCUCGCCCCCGAGGUGAUCAGCAGCUGCGGCUACAACCGCUCUCUGGACAUCUGGUCGGUGGGAGUGAUCAUGUACGUGAGCCUGAGCGGGACGUUCCCCUUCAACGAGGACGAGGACAUCAGACAGCAGAUCACCAACGCCGCCUUCAUGUACCCGAGACAACCGUGGGCCUCCAUCUCACUGGAGGCUGUGAGUCUCAUCAACAACCUGCUGCAGGUGUCGAUCAGACGGAGGUUCAGCGUGAGCAAAGCUCUGGAACACACCUGGCUGCAGGACUUCCAGCUGUGGUGUGACCUCAGGGACUUCGAGCAGAGGAUGGGCUGCAGGUAUCUGACGCACUAUGGAGACGAGGAGCGCUGGACACGCUACGCCAAGGAGAGAGGACUGAACUUCCCGUCUCACCUCCGCAGUGACUCGGACCACAACUUUGACCUGCGACUGUAGCAGUGAGGUCAAAGACUGGACGCUGGCUGUUUUCAAACUUGUCCUCUGCAGGACGUACGAUUGGCCAAAAUGCAGCACACUGUCUGCAGUAUACCAACAAAUACCCAGAUGUCCUACUGAUUCAGGAAAAAUCUGACCAGUCUCCCUCAUGUACUGUUUCCCACAAUGCAACGCUCCAGUUUAGAGGUCAAAUGACGGACAGCAACAGGAGAAAUAAUCGCAAUCAGACCAACAACACAAAGAAAAAAAAUCAUAAUAAUCCAAUGAAUCACGAGUCAUCUUUUUUCAGACUGUGAGUGGACGCUGGGCGUUGUUUACACCACGUUCCAAGACCAGAAAGCAGCUUAGGGCCCGUUAGAUCGACCAGCAGUCAUACUACAUACUACUGCUGAACGCAUUAUGCAGUACAUACUUACUUUUGUAGUAUGUAGGAGGCUGUUUCAAAAACAGCCAGUAGCUUAAGACGAAACCAGAGACGAGAUUUUAGAAUUCAAAAUAUCCUUGUGUUUUAAAUGUAACAGUCGAAUGUUGAAUACCAUUAUCUUAAAGUGUUUAUGUUGUUAUCCAUG